UCAAAUCCACAAAGUGAGCUGACUUCAACUGUUAGGUCUGCCUACUUAAACGUCAUGUGAGUGACAGCGCGUAACGCAGUAAAUGAGAGAGGAGGGAAGGGAUCGGGAUUUGACUCAUUUGCUAUCUUUGGCCUGAUUGGUGAGUUAACAGUGUUUUGUUUUAGACUGUGUGAGUGUGACCAAUACGUGAGUGAUCUAAAUGCGGGAAAUACACAGAAGUGAAUCGCCGUCCUUAAGAAAUUAGAUCGCAUUCAUGUAUGAAUCGAGAUCGAAUUUUUUUUUCGAUUAAUCGUGCAGCCCUAAUCUGAUUAGUGUUUUUUAUGUAACUGUGUAAUGAAUAACAGUUACUAGUUUUUUCUAUCAUGAUUACGUAACGCUGUUACUCCCCAACCCUGGUCACAAGUACCUACACGUGUGUUUUUCUGUUACUCUCUGCACACGGCAACAAAAACACAGCUGGAUCCUCAUGAAUCCAUUCUUCUUUAUUCUGAUGGAGGACAGGAAUGAUGAAAUUGAAAAACUCAAACAAACUAAGAGCCGUCAGACUUCCAAUCUUUAACCACUGAAGUUUGCUUGAGAGACUCUUCUUCUCUACAUUAUUAUGAGGUUUGGAUUUAGUGUGAUUCUCUUUUGUGUGGUUGUUUUGUGUAUUCAGAGGAAGAAUUGCGAAGGCGAUCGGAGCAGAUGAAGGUUUCGGUUGAGCUGGUGUCCGUGAGACUUCUGUGUGAAAAGCUGGAGGAGUUGAGCACGUGUCCAGACGGUGUUUUACUCAACUCCACACAGAGAGCUGAUGUGUGUGCGUUACUCAAGUGUGCUCAGAAGCUGCUGUCUGCAGGAUUGUUUAGUCCUCAUCUUCUCUGGCAGGAGUACUGGACACGUCAGCCCAUUCUGGAGGUGGUGUAUCAUUUCCACACACACAACAUCCUGACCCUGUCAUUUCUGCUGGAGAGAGAUGCCGCCAUGAGCUCAUGGAUCAGUGAUCAGCUACAAUCUUUGUGUGUCUCCAUGACGACGAUGACGACACCAGACGACCAACAGAUACAUCAACACAUUCUGUCCACUGUUGUGUGUGUUGUCGUGCGGGCGGCUUUUGAAGACUGCAGUCAGAGUCUCAGUAAGACGUGCUGUUCAGUGCUGGACCUCAUGAUUUCAUGGUUGUUGGAUUCAGUGAGCGAGAAACAGAGCGAUCAAUCAUCAGCCACUGGAGUCUGGGUUCAGGUUUAUGACGCCACAGCGUUUGAUGUUUGUGUUUCUGAAGACAUGCUGCAGAGGUUCUUCACACACACACUCAUACGUGUUCUUACACAUCGACCUGCCUUCAAAGUGUCAGAUGCUGUUGCUCUUCAGAGUGAAUGGACUUUUGCUAAAACUCCUCAGUUGCUGACGGCUCUUUUCUGCAAGAUCUGUCUGGUGUUCAGUGUGGAGUCCGUGUUGUGUCAGCUGCAGCAGGUUUUGGAGACUCAUGAAGUGAAUUGGCGUCAUGUUCUCUCAUGUCUUUCAAAUCUGCUGAUAUAUCAUCCUCAGACGCAGAGCUGUCUCACAGAUCUUCUGUCCAAAUGUCUAAGAUCUGCAUUCGACACUUAUGAUGUGGAGAGAAUGAUCACAUCAUUCCUGUUGGCUCGACAGGCGUCUCUGGAGGGUCCUGCUGUCUUCCCCUCAUACAGCGACUGGUUUAAAUUGUCGUUUGGUGGUGCCAGUGGUUAUCAUGGUAACAGCAAGAAGUCCACAGUUUUUCUCCUCAAGUUCCUGUCAGAUCUGGUUCCUUUUGAACCCCCACAAUAUCUGAAGGUUCAUGUCAUGCAUCCUCCAUAUAUACGUAGCAAGCAUCGGUCUCUAUUGCAGGAAUACAUCAGCCUCACAAAGACUCGACUGGCAGAUCUGAAGGUGUCACUGGAGGAGACAGGGAUAUUUGAGGUCGUGAACGGAUCGGCAGGUGUGCUUCAUUGUCCAGCCCAGCAGGAUGUUGAGAAAGCUGUGACGCUCUUCACCACCACCAGUAGAAUUCCAGCUACAGUGAUAGAGGCCAGUAUUUUCCGGAGGCCGUAUUUCCUGUCACGAUUCUUACCUGCUCUCCUUUCUCCACGUGUGCUUCCUGUGAAGGCAGAUGCCAGGAUGAACUUCAUCGAGGCCUUAAGAAAAGCAGAUAAGAUUCCUGUUCUUCUGUAUUCAUCAUACAUAGAGUCCUGUCAAAGAGAGUCUUGCAGACAACAGCAAGGUGUGUGUGAGUCUGUAGAGGGUGAAGAAGAUCGUCUGAUGAUCCUACAGGAACAUUUUCUUUUACUAAGGAAGAUGAUGUGUGAUGGGGCUUCUGAUGGUGAUGUUUCUGCUCAACUGUCCAAGAUCUCUCUGUCUCUGAGGAGUAUGUAUAGUGAUGAAGAGACAGGAAGUGAUGUCAUCUGCCUGAACCUUCAAUCACCUGAUCCAACACACGCUGCUAUUGUCAAUAUCAUCUUGCAAAACUUCUGCAUGUGUUUACUGGAGGCAUCGAAAGUCAACCCUGUUAACAGACAAGGCGAGUGGGCGAGUGUCUUCCUGAAGGUCCUGUUGGGCCAUCGCAGGCUCAUUUCACCUCUGAUACACAGACUGUGGGAUCUGUUACACAAACAAGGAAUCUCUUUGAGUUGGGCUCAUGUGUUGGGUUUGGCAGCUCUUUUGGUUGAGCUUCAUCACUGCAGACACAUGUAUCCUCAGGUUCAGGUGAUGAACUCAACUCUCUCUCUCUCUGAACAUCUCUCUGACGCUCUCCUCUGCUCCACCAGAUCUCACAUGGCCUUCUGUCUCAGGUUCUGUUUGGCUGUUCUCUCGUAUGGGUUGUGCAAAGCCAACAGUCUCUCAGAAGAACUCCAGAACUUCAUUCCAGCAAGACUUUAUAAAAAGGUGCUGUUUCUGAUGGCCAGACUCAUUCCAGAGACUCGAGCACCGAUCAAGGAAGAACAUGAGUGUGAUCUAAAAACAGAUGUGUCUGAACUCACUGAAAGAUUGAAAGACUCUGCAAUAGCACUGUGGAGUCAGACACAAAUAAGAGAUCUGCAAAAACUGCCUCAGUAUCAGCUUUUCUUCUCAGAGUGGCUCACGGCUGAACUUUGUGUACGACGCAGUCAAGAUGCACUGACAGAUACAGAGAGACAGGAGUAUGAGCAUUGGGUGUGUGAGCAGUAUUAUCUGCCCAUGCCUGUGUGUGAAGGAGGCGGUGGAGGAGAUGUUACCCGAAUCUGUGCUGACAUCAUCACUGCAGUUUUAGACCAGCAUUCACUAUCCCAGACGUCUGAAAGUUCCUCUGAACACACAGACACCUGUCUGCCUGAUCUGCUGUCUCUCUUACAGGUGUUGCUGUAUCAGGUUACGGUAACAGUGGAUGAGGGUCACUUUCUCUGGGACCUGCUUGAGGACAGGUGCACUGUGACUUCGGACCUCGGCAGCAUUGGACAUGAGCUGGAAUAUCAGCAGAUAGUUGGGAACGUCAGCAGGGUUCUGGUGUUGGUUCCUGCUGUCCUGCUGCUGCCGGUCAGAACAGAUGCAAUCGGAAGAAAAUCGCUGGACUGUCAUAGACUGAUGAAACACAUCAAUGAUGUUCAGAGGAGGUCAUGUGAUCCCGCUGCUCUUCUGUCUCUCAAACUCACAACUCAAUUCCUGAAAGCAGUUGUGUGUGUGAGCGUGAGUUGUGAUGACCCGGCUGUGGCAGUAAAUUGGUGUCUGCUUGAGUUCAGCAUGGAGUGUCCGCUGAUGUUGCUGUCUGCUCAGCACUGGUGGAUGCGUCUGUCUGCGGUGCUGAGAUGUCAGUGGAGGCGUUUGACCGCUUGUGAUGUGUUACCUGAACAGCUGCAGAUGUUGGACAAUUGUCACAACUGGAGCAGAUGGGUGAGUGUAUCAGCUGGGAUAUCAGCUCCAGCGUGGCUAAAGGCUGCAUGUCUGCACAGAUUUCUGAAGAGAUCAGAGAUGGAGAAGAUCAGACAGGAAACGGACAAACAGAUUCUCAACUUCCUGUUUGUCUUCAGUGUGAUAGAACUCAUAUCUGAACAACUGCAUGGACGGGGUUCCGAUUGUUGGAGGCGUGUCAGAGAUAAAAGCAUCUUUCUUGUCACACAUUUAUUGGAGGAUUCUGAUUGGCUGCUGCUGUUUGAUCAGUCUAGAUCAGUUUCCUUUCAGUCUGUUUCCCAGGUGUUUUUGAUGUAUUCCCGUUGCCUGAAGUGUUGGAAUCUGGCUACAAUGGCUCUGUGUGGAACUGGUGUAUGCUCACUGGUCCAAGGGAUCUAAACGUAAGAUUUCUGAGUAAGAUUUCUUUGUCCCAAGUCAAUGAACCCGGCUAAAGGUUAUGUUCUUCAGGACGUCAUCUGGUACAUACAAUUCUUCUUCAAUGAAAUGUUUGAGUGCGAGUUCUGCAUCCCUCUAAAAAUCUAAAAGUCUGUCAUGGAUCUAGUUUGAAGAUCAAUGACGGUUUCUUUCAGUGCUUUCUUUUCUAGCUGGCUUCCAGUCUUUUUCAACUCGAUGGUCUUGUCUUCAUAUGUGGAUAUCAUAGUUGUCAACUCUUAGAUUUCCCCACAAAGAGAGUCUAGCAUAUCUAAUUUAUCUCAUUCAUUCCUCGAGAUUUUUCCGUUUUUCUUCAACGAGCAUAACGACACUGUAGUCUUUGUCAUUUCCAUCUGGUGAUUGAAGAAGCUCCUUUUUCUUUUAGGGUAUGGUGGUUGGUUAUUUUCAUUGAUUUUGCGGAGCUCGGUGUGCUGAUAACCGGCGGAUCUUCUGCGAUACUGUCCAUCAUUUCUCAUGACUGUUCUUCCAUGUGUUGUAAUACCAAAAAAGAUCUGAAGAAGGAAUUAUCUUGGUUGAUAGAAAGAUUCCAUCCCGAGUCCGUCAUAACAUAUUUGUUUUUCUUAGUACUUGGUUUGUUUUUACUUUGGCUGAGGAAAAGUUUAUCGGUCUACUCCAAAGCAACCUUGCGAGUGUGACGUCAUGCUGCGCCCGUUCUCUGUAUCUGUAGCAUUAUCGUUGUGAUGUGAACCCUGCUAUUCUCCUAAAUGUAAUAAAACUUCAUUUUUUUAUAGUUAUUGUUGUAAUGUGCAUGGGUCAAAGUUAUAUCCAGUUAUGCUCGGUCUC